AUGCACUCCCUGGAGCAGCACUGGAGGAGCAGAGCAUACGGGACAGGAGAUAGAACCGGACUCAAGUGUCACCGUGGGGACCGCAGUGUGGGUACAAUGGAGCCUGAGUGCUACAUGGUAAAUGCUAAUGUUGUUUCUCUGAUGCUAAGUGCCACUAGACGAUUUGCGAGUCUGGAGGAAACUGAAGACACUCGGCAGAAUAUCGCCUAUCCAGUGAAGAUUGUCAAAGUUGAUCAUUACGUUUCCAUGGUGACGGGUGGCUGGGGGAUUUCCCAUCAGGCAGUGGGGCUCUUGAUUUGCCGCCUGUUUGUGUUUAUGAGCCUGUUUGGCGGUGGUGGCUGUAGCCCGGUGUUAUGGUCCGCACAGAGGGAGCAGGAGGGAUGCUAUGGAGGUCUCUAA